AUGAAAUUGACGCAGCUUGUAGUAUCCUGGACGGUGCUGGUGGGCUCAGCCCUCGCUCAAAACCCCGACCCCUUGACCUUCACCCAGAUCAACAGGGUCUGCGAGAAUGAUCGUCUGCUCCGGGCAGUUCGCUUCCGCGAGGCUGUCAACCAGGACUGGCUCGACGCGGUGCGAUACUGCUCCUCUCUUGUUUAUGCCCGGACCAGGACAUCAACCAUCACGCUGAGCUUCGACCUGGCUAGCUUUGGAGUGCAAAGGGAGACUAUUUCGACUACAGAAACCACGACUCUCCCUGAUGUCCGGGUGACCAGCACCACCAGCACCACCACGACUUCUUCCACCACCACCACAAGCACGUCGGCUACUUCGACACUGGUCUGCGGCGGAGUCCACGUUGUCGCGGCUGGGGAUACAUGUUACUCGAUCUACUCGGCGUAUGGCCUCACCUUCAGCCAGCUGCGGGACCUCAACCCCGGCAUCAACCGGUUCUGCAGCAACCUUGUAUUGGGUGCGCGUCUGUGUGUGGGCGUCCUCUUGAACGGAGGCAACCCAUCCACGACGACGACGACCACCACCACAACGUCCACUUCGGGAACCAUCACCUCCUCGCCAACCUUUUUCGUUCCCAAGGCCAAGCGCAGUGACGCGCCCGAGGCCGAGUACUGCGCAGAAGGAGAGGCGCCUGCUGUUGCGCGGCCAGCUGUCUGGGAGGCCGAGCCGGUCAAUCGGGUCAACUACGCCUGCUCCUGUAUCAUGUGGAGAGACGUGUCGGUCCACCCGAUCCAGACGGUCCUCAUCUCUCCCACAGCCUUCCGUGUGUCGGUUUUCAACACAGCCGAUCCCACAGGGACCACCACGACCCGGUCCAUCAGCGUCAUCACAGCGUACAGCACCAUCACGGUCGACGUAUUCACUGGCACCACGGCGACACCCAGCACCUCGAUCACCACGUCCACUUCGACCUCGACCACCAGCAGCGUCACCUUUACCACGCUGCCCAUCGUGACUGCAUUCCGUUCCUUCCAGUGCAAUGUCGGCGACGCUUUUGCCCAGUGCUGUGUUGCCGGUGGCUUGUUGGGUGGACUUAUCGGUCUCGGAUGUGAGCUCACUACCCUUCUUCCCCUUCCUUCAUCAAGCGCUGCUGACCAUGACAAAAAAAAAAAAACAGGCGAUGGUGAAUUCGUGCUCAGCCACGCGCCGUGCCCAGCUACCCAAGCCGUCCCUCUUUGCUGCAGUGAGCUGCAGGUGAGUACCCUUUUUCUGGCGUCUCAAACGAGACCAAGCAUGGCUGACACUUGCUGGAAAAGCCCGGCGAUGGUGGAUCGACGACAGGUUCCGACUGCUACCUGCCCACCCCAGUCAUCAACGGUCGUGCCGCCCUUCCCACACCGUGGUAGGGCGUUCACAUCAUGUAAUAUGCGCCAUGGAUCUGGAGGCUCUGUCUUUCUUCUCGUCAUUUCUUCACAUUUACACUUGUUUGCGCGUCCUUGGCUUUUUGAUAUUUUAUUUUUUCGCUUCGUGGAAGAGAGAAUGUACCUACUACGGGUCUGUUUAGUAAUAAUUUUGCAAAGAAUGAAAGUGACCGUUUGUUGGAAUGUAAUUCUCACCGAGAAAUAUAUGCAAGAGGUCGAAGCGAGGGGUUCACGUGAUAGCCUUGGCAUUUUGUGGGGUGGUGGAAAACCCGCGUCAUAUGUACCACGAAGUGGUCCUUCUCAGUACUUACCUACGGCCGGAAGCUUAGUCGAACCUCUGAUUUUCAGUUCCAGUUCCAGUUACAGUUUUAACAUGGAUCACGGACGUUUGGGGUAA